ACAAAUAUUCCUUUGUGUGUGAUUUAGAUGAUUAUCGAGUGUGGGAAUACUUCCGCUUAUAAUAGAAAACGAACGGAGGAUAGAAAACAAGCAAAAUCGCAGCUAUGAACUCAAAAGUUUUAAAAUAUAUAAUAAGGUUACUAUGAGAAGUUAAGUCAGGCAUCAUUCGUAAAGCUUUUGUGAAAAACAUGAUAUGUGUGUAAAGUUAACUUGAUUUCCUCAUACAUAUGAGCUAUGCCACCUUAUUAAAAAGACAUGUGACGAGGGGCGAACUAAGUAAUUUAAAACUAGGUGUGAAAUAACGAAUUAGAAAUGACCACGACAGAAUCAAGUGAUUCGAUGACUGACACACUGCCAGCCAUCAACAGACAGCUGACCAGUUCGGCCAUGGGAGCAUUUGGACACAAUGUGGUGGGACUAUACGGGGCAAAUGAUCAAGCUUCUGCAGGUCAGGGUAUUAAAUUGACAAGUUCAUCCCAAAGCUUUCCAAUAAUGGUAUCCAUAGCAACAGGAGAUAAACAAAACAGUUUUGUAGGAACAUUACCUCCUUGGAAGUCGCUGAUUGGACAGAAUGGGCUCCAGUCCAUUCGCCAGCUCCUUUCUCCGGUCACUCCUCUUCUUAACACCACGUCAUCCAUUGUAAAUAACCCUGCUCAACCCCACGAUUCAGCAAUAGAGGAAACCAAUGUCAAAUCUAUUCCAGAAUCGCUGUCCGUGGAUAAAUCCGUCCUGUCGGGGGUCUUUCCACCAGACUCAUCCACAACAAGCUGCCAUCAGACAAGUGCCCUUUUGUCUCAGUUGGCUACCCUAGCUCAAGGAAAUGCCCAGGCUAGUCAUCUAGAGGUGACAGGCAUGGACAGCACAGAGCAACUAGACAGUAUCGACAGUACCUUUUUACAGAGUUCUAACGUUAGUACUGAUGCCCAGAUAGCCACUCUGCAGAGUUUGAUCAAUUUGAUUCUUGCUAAUCCAUCCUUACAAAACAGUUCAGCAUGUCAAGCCCUUCUGAACAUGAUGAAUCCAUCUUCUAGUGAAUCUAUAACAAAUCCAGACAUUCAUCCCGUGUCCCAGAGUGUUGAUAUUUCUCAGUUAUUAAAUGGUGACUGCGCAGUCAACACAGCCCAAUCUAGUAGUGUAUCUCCAACAAACAGUAUUCUGUCAGCAGUUCCGUCAGCGACGCAAUCAGUGGGAUCCACAUUAGCUCUGGCCUCAAUAGUUCCAAAUAAUGCAGUGUGCAUCUCAUCAGCAUCCAGCCAAUCCACUUUAGUGCCAUCAUCUGUUGUCACAGAGACAUCACAAACUCAGCCAAUUGAUGCCUCUCAGGUGACCUACAUUAGACAACUAAUCAACAGCCAGGUGCCAUAUGCUGAGACUGCAAACUUGGGCCAGACAACCAAUCAGAUGAUCUCGGUUAAACAGGACCCUUCCCUUAGCUCAGUUCAAAACACAGCCCAACCUCUGUUGAUCAGCGAUCAUUUAGAACAAUUCUACACAGUAACCACAUCCUCUGAUACGAUGACGGUGGAAAAUCUACUGCAGCCAGCAUCCAAUACUCAAGUAGCAGUGGCCACCAUGAAUUACCAGGACUACGCUGCGAUACAGAACAGUCUCACUCACUACCUCCAGUCCUCGGCCGACACGGACGACAUCACGCUUCCGUCCAAUCUCACCAUGGAAAACAUCAAUGCAGCUAUACAGCUUGAAGAUCCAAAAUUGAAGAAAUUAUCCGGUCACUCAGUGGGCGUGCACGAUUCAGCUGGUGUGGAUCUGUCAGUAGACUAUUGUGUGACAUGUGACAGUUCGAAGUGCACCUGUCUGAGUCCUUUGGAGUACACUCACAUUACGGAUAAAGUAAUUCCAUCUAGAGCCCGCCUGUCCAUGCCCAGCUGUCUAGAAAUUCGACUAUCCAAGUCUUCAUUAUCAUCUCAGAUACCAGAGGGUGUUUAUGCACUGAAAUGUUUGGGGACACAGUCAAAGUUUGGACCACUGAUCGGAAAGGAAAUGAAAACGUUAGAGACAGAAGGGUUGUUUCCAGAGUGGAAGAUAAUUGAGGACAAUGGCUGUCAUUAUAUAUCCACGACGGAUGAAGAAAUGUGCAACUGGCUGAUGUUCAUCCGACCUGCCCAGAACAUCGUAGAGCAGAAUCUGGUUGUUCAUCAAGUGGGAAAAUCACUGUAUUUUUACGCCAAGAGAGAAAUCAAGGAAGGAGAAGAGCUCUUGUUUUGGUUUUCAAAGGAGUAUGCAGCACUUUGUGGCCUCUCCCUCAUUCCCAAACCAGGAAGUGUAAAUGAAUGUCCAGUGUGUGCCAAAAUGUUCCGCAAACGACAAGUCCUCAGACAGCAUUUGGCAGAUAUACACAAGGACAAAAUUUGUAAUCAAACAGAGGAUAGUGACCCGUUUGGCCUCACAGUCAAAUCUAAGAAACUGAAAUCCGACCCCCUGGAACUCAUUAGGUGUCCAUUUCCAUUUUGUAAGAAAGUCCUCGCCAGUAACAGCAAUCUCAAAAAGCACCUGGCUGUUCAUAAGGGUGAAAGAAAUUUCCAGUGUGAUUUGUGUCAUAAAUCUUUUCGGCAAAAGGCACAUUUAGAAUCACACAAGGGAAUUCAUAAAGUGGAAAAAAUCAAGUGCACAUUUUGUGAAAGAACAUUCAACCGAGAAACAGAUAGAAAACUUCACGAGAAAAUACACACCAAGACUGGUCUCUUUCAGUGCGAGUCUUGCAAAAAGACCUUCACCAAAAAACAAAACUAUAAACGACACACACUCAUUCACACCGGGCAGAAGAACUUCCAUUGUGACUCGUGUGACAAAGACUACUACACAAAGUAUCACCUACAGAGACACAAGGCCAAGUGUCGGGGGUCCGAGAAGUACCCCAGUAUGUACCUAGGGAUGGAGGGCAUGUAUCAUGAAGAGGGGAUACUGGGAGUGACAGACAAGAAUGGUUUAUGAACCUUAUAGUGCUGCAAAGUGUGCAAACUACAGGUACAAUUUUACAAUGAAAUACACGUCAUUGAAGGCGUUUUAUUUCCUUGUAUUUUCUCCGUUAUUUGCAAUUUUAUGCGACCCUUCAGAAGUGACAUCCGAGAUGACUUGCAUGUUACAAAAUGGUUGUAAAUCACAGUCAAGAUGUAGAUGUACAUGUGAAUGAAUUACUAUGUAUUGUCUAAUGUCAAAGUUGUUUGAUUUUCAGACUGGUUGUACUUGUGUUUGUUUUGCAAUUGUGUGAUCCUGAGUUAUGUCCCUAAUCUUGGCAGCUGUGUAAAAAUUGGCCCUGAACCCAAUGUAGAGGGCAGAAUCUGUGGUACAUCACUUAAAGCUGUAAGGCCAUUUAAAAGUAGGUCAAAAUUUGUGGCACUUCACCGAAGUCUGGAAACAGCCAUAUGUAUAAAGGCACUUCUUGCAGCUGGUGAUGUUCAUAUAUGAGUGAAAGAUUCUUGACGUGUGGGGGUUCGAAGCAUCAAAUUUUCAAAGGUCAUUUGUCAAGGUCAAAUUUGCCAUAAUCAAACAUAGCCACACUUGAGAGUACAUGCAGUGUUAUAGAAACAUCUUGUACAAUUUAGGUAUAUAUUUGACUGAAUAUCUACUGUAAAUAAUUUCAUAAGAAUCAUUUUUAUGUACUACUGUAGUAUUUUCAAUGGAAAUUAUAUUUAAUAUGUACUAGUAUUAUUGAUAUGAUUAUGUUUGUUGAUCUACAUUUGUUUUGAAAUUAAACAAGAGGCCAUUUCUUGGCCCUGCUGUUAUUCAA